GUAUAGUAUACACGUCAUUCUCCAAGAAUUACAGUUAAAUUGAAGUGUUAAUUCCCACGUCUGGAAAACACACAGAAAAUGAGUUCAGUGCAAGAAGAAAAACCACCCACGGAGACGUCAGCUAAAACACAUAUUCGAGAGUUAAGAAAUACUGAAUUAGUAUCCCGACUGUUAGCGGCAACCCCGCCGUAUCUUUACAGCGCGUUGCCCCUUCAACCUCAUGCAUUCUUCUUUAGUGAGAUGCUGAGAUCAUUCGUUAACGCGCGACAUGGAUGCCGCCCACCUCAUUACCACCGUCGCUUUAAGCGUCGCUCGCAUAAAUAUUUCGCCGAGAACGAAAACGAAUGGCGACGAGACUGGCCUAAACCUGAAGAGGACAGAAAAGAAGAGAGUAGACCCGAAGUUCCACUGGAGUUGACUGUAGAAAAACAACCAAGGUUGCGUGAACCGUCACCUAGAAGGUUGUCUCCGAAGUUAGAACAGACAAAGCCUAGCGGUAGUCCCGGGCCACCCGGUAGACAAUCUUCGUACGUUGAUGUUGGCACAGAAGAGUUACCAAAACCUGCACCUUGCGUUGGCAGAAGUCCCGUCGAUCCCGCUACAGCCGUGCCGCCUUCAAACUUAAUACUUCCUCCACCACCGCCUAUGUGGUAUCCUCCUCUAUACAAUCCACAAUUUGGAGUCGAUCCUUUGAAUUUCUUUAUAGAUUUACGCGUCUCUGGUCACAUUUAUGACAGAAAACGUGCAUUAGCUGAAGGUAUCGACACUAAUAUCAGUCAAGAAAUUAGACCAGAAGAAUCCGGCUUGGAUAAACGGCUGCCAAGGGAUUUCGCGCAAAGACCUCGACAUUUAUCUGCGUUUUCUGUACCUGUACGUUCUGGAAACAUUUCAGUAGACAGCCAGGAGAAAUAUUUCGACCACAACAAUUUAAGGUCUGGUAAAGUUAAUGGUACUUCUUAUAUUAUGAGGAAUUUGAAACGCGUUUAUGAAAAUGUGCAUACUACUCAGAAUAAGGAAGACUCCAAAGGAGUCAACGAGGAGGAAACAAAAGCAGAGUCGACAGACGUAGACGAGGAUAUUAUAGAUUAAAUUGUUGUUUAUUAUUUAUAUAGGUACUGGUACUAGUUGAACAACAAUUGUAAUAUGAGUUUAUAUGAUUAUAGUCAUUAUUAAAUAUUUUAAUAUUUAGGUAUAUACCUAA